UUGAAGUAUAAGUAUUUUAAUACCGUUUCCUAGGGUGAAGAUGAAACUCAUAAUUCUGAAACUUUUGGACACAGUAUUAGUUUACUCUUUCAUUUUUUGUGGUAGGCUACACUGUCUUAUCAUUUGUGAAAUUCCCAUCGCAAGCAACCUACUCGACAAUAGGCAUUCAAAUCGCAGUUCAGUGGGGUCUGCACUGUCACACAGCCCAUUUCCCCCUUUAUCUCCAGCAACCGUGCUCAGGGAUUUUACAUUUCAGCCGCUCCGUCUAGCUUUCAGCUCGAAUUGGACACUGGAACUAACUGAAGCAAGGUAACCUAACAGUUGACCUAACAAGAUUCGGAGAAGAGGAUUUGGGAGUACCAGAAUUCCAAAAUGCCUGUGGCAUCAGCCAACUCAGAAUCUGCCAUGCAGCAGGUUCUGGACACUCUGAGUGACAGCACCAGCUCCACCAUCGCCAAUGACCUGGACCUCAUCUUCCUCAAGGGCAUCAUGGAGAGCCCCGUGUUCCCGUCUCCCUGCUACCCUCAGGCCCAUGAGAACCUGGAGGAGUCCAGGCUGGAGGCGGUGAGUGACAACAACAUGGAGCUGGUGCAGGACAUCCUGAAGGAGCUCACUCCCCUCACACACAGGAACAAGGCUGCAGACGAACUGGCACGCAUACUGAAGGAGCCACACUUCCAGUCUCUCCUGGAAACCCAUGAUUCGGUGGCAUCCAAGACCUUUGAGACUCCUCCUCCCAGCCCCUGUUCCUUCAUGGACGCUGCCUUCAACACCCAGCCUGUAGCCCCAGACGCAGUCAGGAUGGUGGGCAUCCGCAAGGUGUCUGGAGAGCACCUGGGUGUGACGUUUCGGGUAGAGAGCGGAGAGCUGGUGAUCGCCCGCAUCCUCCACGGUGGGAUGAUCGACCAGCAGGGCCUCCUCCACGUCGGUGACAUUAUCAAGGAGGUGAACGCGAAAGAGGUGGGCAACGACCCCAAGGUGCUCCAGCAGAUGCUGAAAGAGGCCAGCGGCAGUGUGGUGCUCAAGAUCCUCCCCAGCUACCAGGAGCCUCACACCCCACGCCAGACGUAUGUGAAGUGUCACUUUGACUACGACCCGUCCCAUGACAACCUAAUCCCCUGUAAGGAGGCAGGCCUGGGCUUCAGCAGUGGAGACAUCCUGCAGCUUUUCAACCAGGAGGACCUCAACUGGUGGCAGGCAUGUCACCUAGUGGGGGGCAGUGCAGGCCUCAUCCCUAGCCAGCUACUGGAGGAGAAGAGGAAGGCUUUUGUCAAGAGAGAUCUGGAGCUGGUUACUACAGGUCCUCUUUGUUCUGGAAUGGGUGGGAAGAAGAAAAAAAAGAUGAUGUAUCUGACAACCAAAAAUGCAGAGUUUGAUCGGCACGAGCUGAGGAUCUACGAGGAGGUUGCCAAGGUUUCCCCGUUUCGCCGGAAGACGUUGGUUCUGAUUGGAGCACAGGGAGUGGGCCGCCGUAGUCUAAAAAACAAACUGUUGGUAUCAGACCCCCUGCGCUACGGGACCACCAUCCCCUUUACUUCGAGGAAACCCAAGGUGGAUGAGAAGGAUGGACAGAUGUAUUCGUUCAUGACUCGCACUGAGAUGGAUACGGACAUUAAGAACGGACGCUUCCUGGAGCACGGCGAGUACGACGGGAACCUCUACGGCACCAAGAUCAACUCCAUCCAUGAGGUGGUGGAUGCUGGAAAGAUCUGCAUCCUGGAUGUCAACCCACAGGCACUUAAGGUUCUGCGGACAUCAGAGUUCCUUCCCUACGUGGUGUUUAUUGAGGCUCCAGAUUAUGAGGUUCUCAAAGCCAUGAAUAAGUCUGCCAAAGAAGCCGGAGUGAUGACUAAGCAGUUAACAGACUCUGAGCUGAAGAGGACAUUGGAUGAGAGCGAGAAGAUCCAGCGUGCCUACGGACAUUUCUUUGACCUGAACAUCAUCAACGACAGCCUGGAGGGGGCCUUCUGCGGCCUGAAGACGGCACUGGAGAGACUGAGCUCAGAGCAGCAGUGGGUUCCUGUCAGCUGGGUCUUCUAAAGGCCAAUCAAUCAGAGGUCAGGGCUAGAGGUCAGGAGGUCAGAAUAGGGGUCAAAGGUCUGAGGAGUUGGCAGGUAGAGUGGGACCAAUUAGGAGAGAGUAAAUUGUAAAGGAGUGGAGUUUCCCUCAGCAGCGUGUAACGCUAUACGAUGUGCAAGUUACGUCAAUUUUAGUUCCGUUUCCCUUGUUUUGUAGGCUAAAAAUGAGCCUCAAAUUUGCAUCGUCCAAGUCAUGAAAACGUGGCCAUUUAAGAUAUAUGUGAAAUUGUAUACUCUACCAUAAGAUGGUUUUCAAUGUAUUUGAUGGCCAAGAAGAAGCAUGAAGCCGAAAAGUGAAAUCCGUUUCAUUAGAACUACAAAUCUUUCGGCAGCUCGCCAGGUCUACAAUUCUUUUUUUUGCAUUAAAAAAAGUACCGGCCUGCAAUGUUCAUUAACAAAAACAGCGUACACAUCAAACAGCCUGUAAACCCUUCAAACAGCCUGUAAGUAACAAGUUCUUCCUGUGAGAGUUAGCUACUGCGUGAUCUACAAUGGCAGCCCACAGCCGGAAGACCCUGGAUAAAAAUGUGUUUUAAACACGUAUUUGAUAGUGAGGGACACAUUCAACCCGACAUAUCAUAAGUUUUGUUCCUUGACAUUAUGGAUCUGCAUUUGUUGAUGGGAAAUGUUUUUUUUUGUUGGUGAAACCAAAUAGUUUACGUUUGUUUGAUGAAGGGAUCCAGGCUACAGUUCUUUCCACAACUUGGCAUCAAUGAAGAGUAAAAGUAAAAAUGUUUCAUGUAAAUAUUAAUAGAAAUGCCUAUUUGCAGGACGAAACGAGUAAGUACUCGGCUAGAGCAUGCAUGCUCCGGCAUGCUGUCAAAGCAGCAGGAGACGAAGUUCAAAGGAUACUUUUCUACCUUUCUGCCAUGUCUUACUUCUUGGGCGUCAAAUAUUUUUAGAGAAGGCAUUGAUAUGACUAAAUCACGAAUAUGAAUAUGAUGUUAUGUCAUAAAUAUCUUAAAUCACCUUGUUUUCCUGAAUUUGAUUAUCAAGUCUUCAUUACCAUUCAAAAGAUCUGGGCCCGGUUUCCCAAUAGUUUCCCAAUAGUAACUUAGGCAUACGAGUGUUUUAACGUUUCUAUCGUUCCUACAACGGCCAAAUGUGUAACAUGCGUUUCCCAAAACACCACGCAGAGAGAAUGUUUGCUAAAUGCGUCGUUGGAGCGUGUGUCGGUGCUGAUAGGGUCGAAAGAAAGGCAGUGCUGCUCUCGGAUCAGCUUUAGAUAUUGCCACAUAUGGCAGCAAAUAUUGAGGCUGGUUAUCCAAUAAUAAUGCACAAAAUGUGGCAUAUCAUUGCACAUGUUGCUACACAUAAUGACAAAUAGUGAGGCCAAAAUUACAAAGAGUAGCUUAACCUAAAAUGAGCAAAAUAUAACUGAACAUAAAAUGUACUUCAAUAUGAUUGAAAUACUGUAUAUAGGUGUUAGGGUCGUCGUCGUGGAAAUGACCGGACCAAGGUGCAGGCUGGUGGGCGUACAUUUUCCUUUAUUUAUGUAAAUGUCGCCAACAAAACAAGAAACAAAGAAACGACCGUGAAGCUUCCUAGGGCUAUAG